AUGACUACGAGAUUAGUCAUCUGCAUGGCGAUUUCCUAUAUGAUUUCUGUGCUCCCUCUAGGAGUUUUGUACGUGCAUCAAGCUCUUUGUCAAAACAAUAUUUGUAGUAGUGAAGCGUUCAACAUGAUGCUAGUGACCAUUGUCAUUUCCUCCGCCACUACCAUCACUCAUUUUCCGAUAUGCUUCGCAAUUUCUACUCAAUACCGGAACACGGUUAAAAAUUUUUUGGGUAUCAAAGCAAAGAUUGAACUGAUGAAGGAAUCCAAGGUGACAAGCAGCUCUAACGGUACUUAA